UUGUUCAGUCUCGCUUGUUCUCUCGAUUUUAUCCUCUGCUUCCUCCUCCUUUUUCUUCUUCUUCUUGGUCGUCGUCGUCGACCGCAGACUCGCACCAAGUCAACUCCGGAUCGUCGAUGCACCAGUGCCAUGGCCAUCACAGAUGAGGUGAGCCGUUACACUGGUCAGCAGCCCACAGUCCGCAGCUGUACUUUUACUCUUUCCAGACCAGAAUAUGUCUUUAGACUAGGCUUUUCAGCGCCAACUUCAAGUCCACGCCUCGUAUCCAGAGGGCCGGUCCGUCUCGACCAGGCUGCUGCGAUGGCAAAUCGAAAAUCAAACUCGACCCUUUAUCCCAAAGUCAUAAGUUUCCGAUUUUCAGCCCAUAACCUGUCAAUGCAUUGCUUCCUGUCCAGAGUAGAGCAGAGAUUCUACCCCAAAAUAUGCCCCAAAAGUCAGUCUGAAUUUUGGGCAGAGAAAAGCCUCUUCCUCAACUUGCCUAGCCUUGGUUUCUGCGGGCAUGCACUGUGGAAAUGGAUGUAA